GCGGUGCGGAUCACAGUCUGUGCAUGUCGGUCGUCAAGCGCGGUCGGUCGCGCUCGCCGCGGCACCAUGUCGCGACUAUACGCGUUGUUGGUGCUCGUGGCUUUUGACUCACUCGUGUGUGCGGACACUUCACUCGGACUGUGUAACCGGUACAAAACUUUCUGCGAGUGUGUCCCAGCUGCUCACCCGUCAUGGACUAUUGUUAACUGCACAGUGCCCCGUGAUCAGACAAUAGAUAUUUUGGAAGGAGAUUUGCCCGAAUCCACGACUGACCUCAUAGUGACGGGAGCAGAAAGUGUCCUUUUUGGCGCGAACUCCUUGGCAAAACUACAAGAUGCGAGGCAUAUUUACCUAUCUGGUAAUAGAGUCGUGCUGAUGAGGAAGUUCGCAGCCAUUAACCUCAACGUUAUCAGCGUGUACCUUGAAAUUGAGAAGAGCGACAUCCUGCGUAUAGAGGAAAGCACCUUCAGUAACAUCAAAGGGCCUCUUUCCGUAUCCAUCAGAGAUUGCGACUACGUUAGAGUGGAAGGAGCAGCAUUUUCCUGGCUACUGACCAUGAGUAUUUCCAACGUUCGACAGCUACAACUAGACUCGAGAGCAUUUAAGCUCGACCGCUCAGCGGCCAACGUCGGAGAGCACGGGCCAGGAAUGACGAUCGAGUUAAAAAACCUGACAAUACCAGAAUUUCCUGAAGAGGCAUUCGGGUCCUCUGCUGCUGGGAUUACUAUGGAGGGCAUUGAAGUUCGUGCGUUGAAGACCAGAUCAUUUUCGGCAAACACUUAUAACACAGUGUUGGCGGUCAAUUGCUCAUUUGCUCUUAUAGAAAGCGAUGCCUUUGCCCAAAACUCCCUUAUCAACAACCUUCACUUCUACGGGUGCAAAGUACAUCAAAUAGCAACAAAAGCUCUCCUAUCUGCUGUCGCUAGCCUAAAUAUUUCUCAUACAAGAUUUGAAAUUAUCGACACGGGGGCUAUCAACGCUACUAUUGUUGCGGUCGUCAUUCAGGACAGCAAGUUCAACAAAUUCAUGGAAAAAGGCUUCGUUAUUUCUUCCUGGAACAAAAUUCAAAUGGAACGCAACAGUUUCGACGAACUACCCACACAUGCUGUAGUGGCUACAAGCGCAUCUGUAAAAGAACUGGUGUUUUCUGAAAAUGAAAUAGAGACAGCAAACGCCGAGAGUCUGAUGUUUAUCGGCCAUGCUUACGCUAAUUCUGCCCAAAAUGUUGUCUAUAAAGACAAUUACUUCGGUACACCAUGCCAUUGUAACAUAACUCCAUGGCUUGUGAAAGUGUUGGAUGUGAGCACGGAAGAUGCGUUUAUUUCGCAGAGUUACUGUACCGUCGAUGAAUUUUUUGCUCGAUGUUUCAACGAGCCGGAACAAAAUAUGUUAUUCAAGAAAUUUUUGGAUAGCGUUUGUAAUAAAGACCCUAGCAUUAAAUGUGAGCAAUAUAGGAGUAAAAAAGAAGGAAAUGCUGUUGAAAUAAAAAAUCCCAGAUUCCCUCACAAAAGUAACAGUCAAAGUGGUUUGAGUGAUAGAGAUAAGAAAGUGAUCGGCAUAGUUAUAGUUACCGCUUUGGGAUGUGCAAUAAUUGCAAUGUUUGUAAGCUUUAUAAGGUGGAUGAGGCGAAAAGGGUACUGUGUCACAGUGAAAAACUUUUUGAUAUCUUCAAACUCGUCAUGUGGAACGUUUUGCGAUAGAUUCUGUGCCUGCGGUAUGAACUCUGGACUUGACAACGCGGGUUCUAUUUCUCAGUUAUCAGUAAACGAAUAUUCCGAACGCCAUCGACUCAACGAACCUCGAGCGCAAGACUUAAUUCAGGAGACUACUCUUCCCGACAUGUACACAGAACAAGUGGUUCCUGUAGAAGACAAGACCACGCAAACAUUACCAGAAGAACUGACAAAGGAGCUUUUAGAAACUUUAAAAGAGAAAUUAGAAGAUCCUGAAAACUAUGUUGAAGCUCGUGAAAUGAUAGAGCAUUUAUAUGAAUUAAUCAAAGUGGAAGAGAGUUGCAAUACUAACACGCCAACCUCGAUGACUGUUGAUGAAAACAUAUACGAACUGCCAUUCCAAAAUACUACACCAAGGAUUGGCAAAAACAAGAAACAGAUGAUCAGUGUCGGUACAAGGACACCGUCACUAGAUAAAUUAACACCUCUUUCUCCAUACAACAGGCAGACAGCCCUAGCUCACGAGUACUUCGAACCUAAAGAUUUUGCGGUUCAUUUAUAUGCCGAAAUAGCCAAUUGCGACAAGGAUAAAAAGUCAUUAUUGGGUGUCAUGCCUGAUGUUGUCGGUGAGCAAGCAGUACCUCGCGGACCGUAUCUACGAGCUGUUCGCGAAAAAAUACAUUCAACGACUCCCUCUGCUUCUCCGAGUAAAUCCUUAAGCAUCUCGGCAAGUAGUCCACAACACUCUUCCACUAUAAAAUCAAACAAGUCGACAGCAUCCAACUCAUCUGGAAAGAUGAUCAAUCGACCACUGCCCGAAAAGCCCAUAAGUUUAGACCCCGGCGAGGGUACGUCUUUCAAACAUGGGUGAGGGUUGGGCGAGGAGCUGUCGAUGCCGGUGAACACGGACGCGGCCCGCACAGAGCGCCGCUCUGUUGCGCUGCUGCAGCAGCUCCAAUUUGCUCCCGAACAUAUGGACUUCUACUGGAGUCUAGACCCGUGCGUGACGAGUUAAGCGUGGAACACUUACGACUAAAAGUACGUGCGCGCCAAAGCUUAUGCGAUUCUUUGCCUGUGAUAUUAAUUUUGUUUAAUUGUAAUUAUUUCAAGGCCAUGCAAACAAGUCGUGCCAGACAUGGUCGUAUGUUUAUUUGUAUAUAAUUAUAUUAAGACUAAUCAAAUACUUAGAUAAGGCUGUCACGAAUCUAUGUUCUGAAGUUGAUUAUGCUAGAAGGAUUUAUUAUAGCUACCAUUACUGCAUGGUGUGGAUGCUACCCUGGCUAUAUUAUGACUAUGCUAAUGUUUAUAAGCCAAGGAAAUAAGUGUUCAAUGUAGCGGCCUUAAUAGCGGCUCAGUGGGCUACUACGACUAACCACCAUACCAUAUGUGACGUUUUCAAACAAGAGGUAACCUAUUCUCAGUUACUGAUAAGACAUUACUGCCAUAAGUAAAAAUAGAUAUUCCCCUUGUCAAUAAUCGAAAAUGGGUUACCUUUUUAAAGAAAACCCAUAAAAUACUUCCAAUGCUUAUAGGUAGAUAAUGUUAGCCAUUGCCGAGUAAUAGGGAUCACUAAGUCAGCUGUAAUAACCCUUUAAAAAGCUGUGAAAAUAUGUACAUUGAUACGUGUAGAUACGUAUUUUAAAAUGUCUUAAGGCUCCGUCACACAGGCGCGUUUUGCGGGCGACGCGUGAGCGGGACGCGCCGCUUUUACAUACAUAUAAAACGCUCACGCCCUGCCCGGAAGACGCGCCUGUGUGACGGAACCUUUUUUAUUCUGGACCCCUACUCGGGUCUAAAACGAAGUGAUAACAUUGCUUGUAAAUUUUAUUUUAAUAAUAUGUCAAUUUAUAACUCACAGUUAACUAAAUAUUGCUUACUAUUUUAAUUGUAGACGUGAUACAUAUACACUGUUGCCAUAAACAAAAUAUUUUAUAAAUUAUUGAAUUACGUUUAAGAGGCCUACUUGUUUCGUCCCUAAGGUUAGUGACUUGCUUUGAUGUAUGUAGACAUACACCGAGGUGAUUCCAUAAGUGGUCCAUUAUACAUGAAGCACCUACAAUACCCUAUGUAGGCUAAAGUGCAUUUCCAUGAUUGUAACUUAAGUAAAUGUAACAAGUAAUUCAUUAUGUGAAAAGAUAUACUGAAAAGUCGAUUAAUAUAAUAUCGAUAGUCGAAUUGUGUACAUACGUAAAUAAAAACCGUACAUUCAGUUUAUCAAUAGUUUCAGAAUUACACACCUUACUCCUUAGUAAUAAGGCGAAAAAUUUAAAGAUAUGUUUGGCGUCGACUGUACCUUCAAUCAUAUUAUCAUGUUGAGGAGUCCCAAUAAAUUGGAUGUAGACGGUCUGUUGUACCAUAUACAACGAGUAUAUACCGUCUAUAAAAUGUAUAUAAUAUUAUAAUUAGACCAAAAUAUAUAAAAUACAAAUACAGUAGAACCCGCUUAAGACGAUUCUGAGGGGACCUAGCAAAAAAAGCGUCUUAAACGGGAAAUCGUAUUAAACGUGAGUAGUAUUAUUUCAUGUACAAACACCGCAGCGGUGUUAAUGGGCGUAUGAUAUCUAAGAGUAGGUAAGUUUAUGUUCACACGCGGUUAAAUAAUCUAUUAGGAACACUAACGAUAGGCUCAACUAAAAUGUCGUGGAGUAGCUAACUGCAAAUAAAAAUGUAAGAGCGGUAGCUUCUACUCCGUGGUCCGUAACUGUCAAGCAGAUGGCAUAGCAUUCUCACCCCGAUAAAGACCCGACAAAAAAUGAUAGACAAAACAAAAAACCUAAGGUAGGUAAUAACACAGUAAAAACGGUGUAUUGCAUAACAAUACGACUGUGCGACGGUUACCUAUUUCAAUAACACAAACGUCCAGAUGGUGCGUAACGGGAAUUUUAGAUGGCGUAAUAAGCGGGACGCGAGUCGUAUUAACCGUGAAAAAAUGUAUGAAAACAGGCCUAAAGUUGCAGGGACCGGCGUAAAAUGGCGUAUUAUGCGGGAAAUCGUAUUAAACGUGAUCGUAUUAAGCGGGUUCUACUGUAUUACCUAUUACUUAUUACGACACACGUCAUGUAUAUUCGAUGUAAUUUGGAAAACGCCAAACACACCUACUUCCCCAUUAUAAUAUUUAAUCAUUAGAAUAAUGACUGUGAAAUUUGUGAAAUAUAUGGAGCUUAAAUAAUAUUAUGGAUGUUAUUAUGAAAUAAAUGUUGAAUGUGCA